AUACCACACAUCACCUUUCUCAUUCAUCAUCAUCAGCAAGUCAUCAAGUAAAUUCAAACACUACAACCAAAACCAAAAUUCCAAAACUUUAAACAAACCAAAGUUUUCAAAGUGAGCAAAAAAUGUCUCUGAUUCCAAGCUUCUUUGGUGGUCGUAGGAGCAACAUCUACGAUCCAUUUUCACUCGACAUAUUUGAUCCAUUCGAAGGUUUCCCACUUUCAAACACCCCAUCAUCUUUUCGUGAAACCUCAGCUUUUGCAAAUGCAAGAAUCGAUUGGAAAGAAACACCACAAGCCCAUGUCUUCAAAGUAGAUGUUCCAGGGAUCAAGAAAGAGGAAGUGAAAGUUGAAGUUGAAGAAGGAGGAGUUUUACAGAUUAGUGGUGAGAGAAGUAAAGAGCAAGAAGAGAAGAAUGAUCAAUGGCAUCGUAUGGAAAGGAGUAGUGGUAAGUUCUUAAGGAGAUUUAGGUUGCCUGAGAAUGUUAAAAUGGAGGGAAUUAAAGCUGCUAUGGAGAAUGGAGUGCUUACUGUUACUGUUCCUAAAGUAGAAGAGAAGAAACCUGAAGUGAAAGCUAUUGAUAUCUCUGGUUAAAGGAAGUGCAGAUCAAUGUCUUUGAUCAAAGUCAAUAAUGUUUGUUUUCUGAUGUUUUUUGUUUGUCAAGGAGUUUUUAAGGUUUUAUUUCGAUUUAUGUGUGUGUAAUUGUCUGUGCGUUGGGUUCAUACUUGCAGUUGUAAUCAAGAAAAUGUUGUGAGAGUUUACUGAAUAAUUUGCUUAGCAUA